AUGACGUCUCAAAAAAAAAAUGUACAAACGGAUGGAUCCAUCCUUGCAACGCGUGAGAAAAAACGUGUGAAAUUUAGUGGGAGUCUCAAAUUUGUCUCCUCUUUACUGCUGCCACUCACAUUAGGCGUCUUUACUGUUGUGAUUACUUUUCAACAGCAGAGUGCAGCUAAACAGCAACGUGAUGGCGAUCGAGAGGCAGCUAAACAGCUGCGGGACCAAGAAAAACAAGACGCGGAACUACUGCGCAAACAAGACAAGGAUCUAGAUAAGCAACGAUAUGAAAACGGCCGUUUCGACGCUUAUAUUCAGCAAAUGGGUAAGCUGUUAGAGAAAUACCAUGGAUCAAUAAAAUCGAGCGAAAUUGCAGCUACGCUUGCUCGAGUUAAGACCCUGAAUAUCUUUCGUCAACUAGAGCCGCAACGCAAUGUUCACAUUAUUCGAUUUCUUUACGAAGCGAAACAACUCACUGAUACACCGGAAAAUCGUUCAAUCGAUCUUUCAACAGCAAAACUUCUUGACAUCGAUUUUCGUGAUACAGCAGUAGAUGGGAAACAAUUAGAUCAAUUGUCAUUGACAGGCAUCUUUCUAUUAAAUGCCACAUUUAUUGGCAUUAAAAUGUCAAAUAUUAAUUUUUCUCGUACCAAGUUCGAUACGACUAAUUUUUCAUUAGCAAAGAUCCAUGAUGCCAAUUUUUCAUUUGCUGAAUUCUAUAAUACUAGCUUUACAUCCACUUAUUUUUCUAAUACUAUUUUCGCUAAAACUACAUUUCAAAAUGUUAAUUUUUCAUCUACUACGUUCGACACGAUUGAGUUUCCACGGGCUAAACUCGAGAACGUCUACUUUUCAUCCAAUAAUAUUCGUUACAUCAAUUUUCAAUUCAGCUCCCUCGUCAAUGUCGACUUCUCGUUUUCUGUGCUUUUUAAUGCUGAUUUUUCAUCCGCUUCGCUCACUGAUGUCAAUUUUUCACACACGCUGCUCGUUAACGCCAAGUUUCCAUCUGCGACCCUCAAAGGUGUUGAUUUUUCAUCGGCUGAGCUGUACAAGCCUGACUUUUCAAACGCUCAGCUCACGAAUCUCAACUUUAAAUCCACUAAUUUAAGUAAUAUAUUUUCCAGUAUAACGUUUUAUUCCCGAAAUCAUUAUUUUAAGUCCUUUUUAGUUUCAGCCAAUUUCUUAGAUGCCAAAAUAUCUAAUACAAAUUUUCACCAAUCGAGUUGUGUUGCAUCUAGAUUCCAGUUGGCUUCGCUAUCCGAUUGUAACUUUUGGCAAUCAAAUCUUAAGGACGCUAUAUUCCAAGCAGCUAGAUUGAAUCAAGUUAAUUUUUAUCAUGCUAACCUGUAUAAGACUAAUUUCAUGGAUGCCGAUAUGGCAAAUAGUGAAUUGGAUAAUACUCUCUCUAUUCAAGAUGUUAUACUGCCAAAUAAAACAUCUGCUCAUGAUGAGAACUUGAUCAAAGAUGGUCAAGCUGAUUGUAAUAUUUCUCAUAUUAGUGGUUGGACACUGAACAAUGGUAAUAUCACUACAGCUAUAUCUAACAAGAGUAAUUCGAAUUGUCAGUUCACCUUACAAUCAUUCUCUACUGGAGCUACUAUGUACCAACGUGUCAAUUUAUCAGAUAAGUGGGAUUCAAAUUUGUGGACAUACUCUGAAGCCGUAUUGAGUGCAAAAGUGAGCACCGGUGUAUUGAUAGACUUGAAAGGAUUACAAAGGAAUAAUUCAGUAUCUUCCAAAGAAACUUUAAGCUCGACUAAAGAGCAAAUCAAUUUGCUUUUACACAAUGAUAUGUGGGAACUUGAAGUGUUUAUCAAGUUCAAUGCUACUGCAAGUCAUAGCAAUAUGAAUAAUUACUGGUGUGAUGACAUCAAACUUUACAUAAUCUAUGGGACAUAUUUGGAAUCAAGACAACUUAAUAUUCCUGCUAAUGCUACAUGGGCACAGAACGGUGUAACUAUUGCUGGAGGUAACGGGAGAGGGGGUGCCAGUAAUCAACUCUACUACCCUGAAGGUCUCUUCGUUGAUGAUGAUCAAACAGUGGUUAUUGCUGACUUCGGGUAUAAUCGUAUCAUGCAAUGGAGGAGCGGUGAUACAACGAAUGGGCAAGCUGUUGCUGGUGGUAAAGGCAAAGAAAAUGGAUUACAUCAAUUGAAUGGUCCAAGUGAUGUAUUAAUUGACAAAGAGACGGAUAGUCUCAUUAUUUGUGAUCGAGAGAAUCGACGAGUCGUACGAUGGUCUCGUCGUAGUGGUACAACACAAGGUGAAAUCCUCCUCGAUAACAUCUGGUGUUGGGGAUUAGCAAUGGAUGAACAGAGAUAUUUCUACGUCUCUGACACAGAAAAAGAUGAAGUAAGACGAUAUCAAUUGGGUGAGCAGAAUGGCACUCUCGUAGCUGGUGGAAAUGGACAAGGUGAUAGACUUAAUCAACUCAACUUACCGACAUAUCUCUUUGUCGAUCGGCAACAGACUGUAUACGUAUCAGACUCGAACAAUCUUCGUGUAAUGAAAUGGGAUAAAGGUGCAAACGAAGGUAUUGUGGUCGCUGGAGGACAAGGCGAAGGGAGUUCUCUGACACAAUUGAAGUAUCCUAAUGGAAUCUUCGUUGAUACAUUGGGUACACUCUAUGUAGCAGACUUCGGGAAUCAUCGUGUAAUGCGUUGGACUCAAGGAGACAAGAAACAAGGCACUGUAGUUGUGGGUGGAAAUGACGAAGGAGCAGGAGCAAAUCAGUUCAACUACCUCGUUGGUUUGUCUUUCGAUCGACAUGGUAAUCUCUAUGUCGUCGAUCGUGAUAAUCAUCGUGUUCAACGAUUUUCUAUCGAAUAA